CACGAGGGGCCCCAUGGACCUGCCCCCGCAGCUCUCCUUCGCCCUCUAUGUGGCUGCCUUCGUGCUGGGCUUUCCACUCAACACCCUGGCCAUUGCGGGCGCCGUGUCCCACGCCCGGCUCCGCCUCACCCCCAGCCUGGUCUAUGCCCUCCACCUGGGCUGCUCUGAUCUCCUGCUGGCGACCUCUCUGCCCCUGAAGGCGGUGGAGGCCCUGGCUGGGGGCGUCUGGUCCCUGCCGGCCCCUCUCUGUCCUGCCUUCGCCCUGGUCCACUUUGCUCCACUCUAUGCUGGUGGGGGCUUCCUGGCCGCCCUGAGUGUCGGCCGCUACCUCGGAGCUGCCUUCCCCUUGGGCUACCAAGCUGCCCGGAGGCCGCUCUACUCCUGGGGCGUGUGUGUGGCCAUAUGGGCCAUCGUCCUCUGUCACCUGGGGCUGGUCUUUGGGCUGGAGGCCCCGGGGGGCUGGCUGGACAAUUCCACCAGCUCCUUGGGCAUCAGCACGCCAGUCAAUGGCUCUCCGGUCUGCCUGGAGGCCUGGGACCCAGCAUCGGCAGGCCCGGCUCGCUUCAGCCUCUCGCUUCUGCUCUUCUUUCUGCCCCUGGUCAUCACGGCCUUCUGCUACGUGGGCUGCCUCCGGGCACUGGCCCGCUCGGGCCUGAGCCACAGACGGAAGCUAAAGGCGGCCUGGGUGGCCGGCGGGGCCCUGCUCACAUUGCUGCUCUGCUUAGGACCCUACAACGCCUCCAACGUGGCUGGCUUCCUGCACCCCGACAUUGGAGGCCAGUGGCGGCAGCUGGGACUCAUCACAGGUGCUUGGAGCGUGGUGCUCAACCCUUUGGUGACCGGCUACUUGGGAGGCCACCCUGGCCGGGGGACAGUCUGUGUGGCAAAAACAAAAACAGGGGCAUCCCAGAAAUAGUAGCUAU